AUGCCUGUCCGGGAACAUGAACAAGCUGACCGACAGGGUUCUGCAAGCUCUGGGACAAGUUGGGUGUCGCAAGAAACAGUGCGAGAUAGAGAAGGCUCGAGACGCAACCUGACCAAAUCCUCAUCGGAAGGUCGGGAUGCGGAUCCCUUUCCGGGUACUCUGAUGGCGAGAUCUGGCUCAUCUCAGGGUCAGAGGUUCGAUUGGGGCUCUUCACAUUGGUCAUGGAGCUCACCGGAUAUCUCACCAACCGAAGAGCGCAAAGGUUCCGGAUUCAGUGGCCACCGAAAGGCUCUUGCAGUCCUUGGCGCAGGUGACGAUGUCGUCCGAUCGUUCAAUUCAAGCCCACAACAACAACCACCACCCAUCAAUGUGGCUCAUUCUAGUCGCGAUGCAUUGGAUUCCGUCGAUCCAUGGCUUACAACAACCGGACUUGAGGCACCUGGGACGUUUCUGAACGAUAAUUCCGAGUAUGAGGCAUCUCCAGUAACCGGCACGUAUCGCCCGACGACUAGUCGAACUUUUGCUAGCGAACCGGCCGAGCUGGAUUACAAUCGAGACAACCGGAGACCAUCUACGGCAAGCAUGACCAGCAGCCAAGGAUCUAAGUCGAGCUUGAGUCAUAAGCCUUGGAGGAAAAAGUCCAAAGGUGUUUAUACGGAUGAAUACACGGCGUCUGACGAGCCCGAUGAUGGCCAGCAAAAUACCCAUAGCCGACGAGGAGGACCUAUCGAUCAGUUAAAAGCCCGCGAGCGAGCGAACUCUGACGGAUCGGAUCCAGCACAGCGCCAGUCACGAGCUCGAGCUGAAACACCUUUACCAUCAAGUGACAUCACCCCUUGGGUCUACCAAAGUUUCAAUGAUAUCCCGCAGUAUGGAGAGGCCCCCGUACGUCAAGUUCCUAUUGGGCCUGAUGGGCAGCGCCUUCCAUCUCGUGGUGUGACACCUCGAUCCAGUAUCAGAGAUUCCUCCCGACGAGGAGCUAAUGGACAUCGACACUCUCGAAGUAAAGAGGAAAAGCGCACAGAUGCAGGCGACUUGGCUGGAUACUAUCGUCCUUCCGGUGGGCGAGAUGACUUCUCUGUGGGGCUUAAAGGGUACAAUGACAAUUACCUCAACUCUUCGACAGCCCAGAGCUCAACCACCAACCUUGGCCGCUCUACAAGUCCAACUCCCAGUGUGCAAAGUGCCAUUUACCGGGAAAGUGGACAAAACUCACCUGGUGGUCCACCCAAGCGUCCUGGUGGUAUCCUUGGCAGGAUCCGAAAAAACUUAACUCACAAGCCGCACGAUAAGUCUAAGCGUGAACAAUCCCCCAGUAGGCGAAGACAGCAAAGCAUCGAAGGGAGUGCUCCCCAGCGCAACUUGGAGUCGGCAGACUCAGACCGGAAAAAGGAAUCCGGCAAAGGGUUGGGAAUCGGCGGUCGAAAAUUUAAUCCACGACGUGGCUUCACCAAUCCAGAUCUCGCCAAGGAUGGACCAUACCAGACUGAAGAGGGCAAACAUGUCUUCAAGCUGGAUACAGAUCUCGAAGAUCUGCACGACAUUGUCAAGACAACCUCUCAAGGCCAAACGAAGCGUAUUUUAGAUGGAACAGCAACACCGCAGGAAGACGUCAUAAAUCCAGACAAUUUGCAGCCAGGUCCGAAUGGAAAUGAUGGCUGGCAUGCACCGGACAGUUGGCAUGUGAAGCAGAAGCCCGAGCUCGACCUAGAAGCAUCAGAGGGCGCACCGCAGACAACCACCGUUCGUGAACGGGAUGGAGCAUCUUACUUCAUUCGAGUUUUCCGUAUAGACCACACUUUCGCGACAUUGUCCGCCGGAGUUGACGCGACCGUUGCAGAGAUUCUUUACAUGCUUGGUCGGAAAUCUUUCUUGUCUGACCACCUCAACAACUAUGAAAUUGUUUUGCGGAAGAAUGACCUUUCGCGACAACUCGAUCAUAGGGAGCGGCCAAUUUUAAUGCAAAAGCAGCUCCUUGAGAAAGUCGGCUACACGGAUAAGGACAGGAUAGAAGAUAUUGGUCGCGAGGACCACAGCUACCUUUGCCGUUUCAUCUUCCUUCCCACCAAGCUCAGCGGAUACACAAGUCUUGAAGCAGACCCUGGCUUCAAUAAGAUGCAGAAGUUCAGCCACGUCGAUCUUCAAGGCCGAAGCCUCGUCACCAUUCCCAUCACUCUUUAUAAAAAGUCAUCGGAGAUCAUUUCUCUCAACCUCUCACGAAAUCUCUCGCUCGAUGUGCCAAAGGACUUCAUCCAAAGCUGCAUCAAUCUCCGGGAGAUCAAGUUCAUUGGGAAUGAGGCUACAUACCUUCCAACAAGUUUCAGCUUGGCAGGCCGAUUGACCUACCUCGAUGUGUCUAACAAUUUCUUGGAGCAACUGGACCAUGCACGCCUUGAUAGACUCACGGGAUUGGUCAGUAUCAAAAUGGCGAACAACCAGUUGACGAAACUGCCUAGCUAUUUUGCCAAUUUCCAGUCCCUUCGAAGUUUGAACAUGUCCUCAAAUGGCUUCAAGGUUUUUCCAGAGUUUCUUUGCAACCUGAAAAGCCUGGUGGACUUGGAUAUCAGUUUCAAUGGCAUUGAGUCACUCCCAAAUAUUGGUCGACUGACCACCUUGGAGCGUCUCUGGAUGACCAAUAACAACAUUAGUGGUCCUCUGGAUAACUCCUUCCAGAACCUCGUGAACUUGAAGGAAAUCGAUGGACGCUUCAAUGCAAUCUCCAACAUCGACAGUCUCUCCCGUCUUCCGCGACUUGAGCAAGUGUUCUUCGGACAUAACUCGGUAUCUCGGUUUAAAGGCGCUUUCCCCAAGCUUCGCAGCUUGUAUUUGGACCACUGUCCAUUGACGCAAUUCGAUAUUGAUGCCCCUGUGCCAACAUUGUCAUCACUGAAUCUGGCAUCAGCUAAACUAUCGCAGUUCCGUGAUGGCAUGUACGAGAACAUGCCUAAUGUCUCCAAGCUGAUCCUGGAUAAAAACCACUUUUCAUCGGUCUCUAUACAGAUCGGCAAAUUACGUCGACUUGAGCAGUUCAGCAUCAUUAAAAAUCCUCUUUCAUCAUUACCUGCCACUAUUGGAUGUUGCGCCGAACUCAAAGACUUGAAUCUGAGAGAAUGUAAUUUAAAGUCUCUCCCGGAAGAGAUUUGGCAUUGCUCAAAGUUGGAAACACUCAACGUUUCUACAAAUCUUCUCACGACAUUUCCAAGACAUGGCGCAGCACUGCCUUUGGUCCCUGGCGAGCCAGCCCCAACACCAGUCACAACGCCUGGAGUGACUGGCAACCCUAGUUAUGAGGAACUAGGUCCUCUCAACGAAGUGGAUACUCGUCGUCAAAGCGAACCAUUAAAUGUCCUUGGGGUCGCUGGAUCAUCACCAAAGGGCUCUUAUCGGAAUCCAUCUAUCGUCCCAUCCGUUGGUCAAUCGAGGAAAGUCUCAACAACAUCACGCUCAGCCAAUACAGAUGGCAGCUCAACAUCUCGAAAGGACUCGAACUUCUCUCAGCAAGGAAUGACAAUCACAUUUGCGGGCUCGCUCCGGAAUCUUUACUUGGCUGAUAACCGACUGGAUGAUGAAGUUUUCCGUGAAUUGGUUCGGCUGCCAGAAUUGCGCAUUGUCAAUCUCUCUCAUAACGAACUAGCCGAGGUGCCCCCGGGUGUCCUCAGACGCUGGCCAUGGAUUUCCGAGCUUUACCUGUCCGGAAAUGAACUCACAUCUCUCCCUUCUGACGACCUCGAGGAAAUCAAUCACCUCAAGGUCCUGCAUAUCAACGCCAAUCGUUUCCAGGUCCUCCCUGCAGAACUUUGCAAAGUUAGCAAGCUUUCGAUCCUGGAUGUUGGAAGCAACGGCUUGAAGUAUAACGUCUCCAACUGGCCCUAUGACUGGAACUGGAACUGGAACCGCAGUUUGAAGUAUCUGAACUUUUCAGGAAACAAGCGUCUCGAGAUCAAACCCAACAUUACGACAUUGGGUCCACCAUCUGGCAAUGGUACUGAUCUCACCGACUUCACUUCUCUCACACACCUGCGGGUACUGGGAUUGAUGGAUGUCACUCUCACAAUACCCACCAUCCCAGAGGAGACCGAGGACCGCCGUGUGCGAACAUCCGCCUCGCUCGCUGGGUCACUGGCAUACGGAAUGGCAGAUACCCUCGGCCGGACCGAGCAUCUUUCCAUUAUCGAUAUGAUUGUCCCCCGGCUGAAGCCAGAUAAUGUGGAGACUCUUCUUGGUAUGUUUGAUGGGCAAACUUUGUCAACUGGAGGGUCCCGAGUUGCGAAAUACUUACAUGAGCACUUCACACCCACUUUCUCCCACGAAUUGAAGAAACUCCAACGCGACCAGGGCGAAACCCCACUGGAUGCAUUGCGACGUGCUUUCCUUGGGCUGAACAAGAAUAUGGCUGGAUCGGCAUACAGGUCCAUCGAUGACCGUGAGCUUCGACAAUAUCAUCGCGGAUCCAACGCCUCGAAACAACUUAACCAGGACGACAUUCAGUCUGCUGGUGUUGCAACUGUCCUGUAUUUGAACAAUAUGGACUUGUAUGCAGCCAACGUGGGUGAUGCGCAGGCGAUUCUUGUGAAGUCAGAUGGUUCUCUACGCUACCUUACCAAGGUCCAUGAUCCCGCUGAAGCAAGUGAGCGUGCGCGAAUUCGCGCUGCUGGCGGAUUUGUUUCUCGCAAUGGAAAGCUGAAUGACGUGCUCACUGUUUCAAGGUGCUUUGGUCAUUUCCCAAUGAUGCCUGCUGUCAUUGCUGCUCCGUCUACCAUGCACACUACCUUGACAGAGCAAGAUGAGAUGAUCAUUAUAGCGUCAAAGGAACUGUGGGAUUAUGUCGCCCCAGAGCUUGUGGUAGAUAUCACUCGAACUGUAUAUCCGGAUCUGAUGUUCGCAUCCCAAAAGCUUCGUGAUCUUGCCAUCUCAUUCGGUGCCACCAAUAAGCUCAUGGUCAUGAUCCUUGGUGUGAGUGAGCUACAAAAGAGACAGAAGAAGUGGCCGCGCCCGAGUGUUUCCUUGGGACCUUCAGCAUUCCCUGAAGAACACCUCAUUCCCGUAACCAAGUUGCGCAAGAAGCCUCGCGAUACUCCCGGCGACUCGCGUCUGGCCCGGUUUGACUUUGUCGAUGCUCCCAUUGGAGAACUCGCCAUCAUCUUCACUGACAUCAAGAAGUCAACGGCUUUGUGGGAGGCAUGUCCUGACGCUAUGCGUUCUGCCAUUCAAAUCCACAACGACAUUCUUCGACGACAGCUUGGUAUUAUUGGUGGAUAUGAAGUGAAGACUGAAGGUGACGCGUUUAUGGUGGCCUUCACCACUACAACUGCUGCCUUACUGUGGUGCUUCAAUUGUCAGAACCAGCUCCUCGAAGCAGAGUGGCCGACGGAAAUCCUUGAGCAACCCCAGUGCCUGAUUAAUGUGGAUAUGGAGAAUAACGUCAUCUUUCGUGGUCUCUCUGUUCGCAUGGGAGGACAUUGGGGUGAACCAGUCUGCGAGAAGGACCCAGUCACCAACCGUAUGGAUUAUUUUGGUCCUAUGGUUAACCGUGCGUCUCGUGUCUCCGCCGUCGCCGAUGGUGGUCAGAUUUUUGUCUCCUCUGACUUCAUGAGCGACAUUCAGCGUAAUUUGGAGGCCUUUGCAGACACGGAGCGCUCCGCAUCCACGAGCUCGACAGAUAGCCAGCCAAGAGUUGACAGCCUAGGUCAUAGCAUCCGUCGUGAACUGCAACAGCUCAAUAGCCAGGGCUUCGUGAUCAAGGAUCAGGGUGAACGAAAACUCAAGGGUCUUGAGAAUCCCGAGCCACUCUAUCUGAUCUACCCGCACACCCUCGCAGGUCGAAUGUCCGCCCAGGAAGAGAACAAUGAUACAAGUGGCCCUGCCAGACCAAAGCCAGGAUCCGAACUUGACUUGAAGACAGAAGUGAUCUGGCGCCUUUGGGAGGUUACACUCCGACUAGAACGCAUCUGUGGUGCUCUAGAGAAUCCUGAGAACCCCCAACUUAGAGAGCCGAAUGUUGCUCUUUUCAACAUGGUCAAGAACCAUGGAGGUGAACUGAAUGAUUCAACAGUCCUUAGCUUGGUUGACCAGCAAGUGACUCGAAUUGAAGCCACUGUCAAUACUCUCGCAGUGCGGCAUAUGAUGCGCCCUUUCAAGCCCGGCGAUAGCCUCCAGGAGCACGCCGUGCCCAUUGGUGAAGUCAUGCAGCAAUUGCAAACCCAAAUGGCCGAAUACCGUGCACUCAAGGAGCAGAUGGCCAACGGAGCUGCAGGCAUCUCUGUUGGAUCACCUGCUCGAUUUGGCAGCAGCCCUACUCUGCACGCCUCAGGAAGUGCUGAGAGCAAUGCCACCUCCGCCUCAUCCUCUUUCCUACACCUUUCUGGAGCAGCCGACACACCUCGCUCCUUCGACCUUCAACGUCAUAAUCAUUGA